CGGGAGGAGGUGGCGGCAUCUGCGUCCGUCGCGGCCGGACACUGCUCAGGGCGGCGGACUGGCUACACAUGAAGCUUACCUUUGACCUCUCCCCGUCUGCCUCCGGCCUUGACUUGUGACAUUAGGCUCUUUUGGGCUCCUCUGGCCUAGCUACCCAGAUCCCAGACCCCAACCAUGUUCCCGGUGAAGGUGAAAGUGGAGAAAUCAGUGGCUGCCCACCUGGCUUGGGCCUGGGAAGUGACUCCUGCUUGGUGCCCCCCCUCUUCCCCAGAGUUGGAGAUGGCCAAGGCCCGGAACCAACUGGAUGCUGUUCUGCAGUGUCUGCUAGAGAAGAGUCACAUGGACAGGGAGCGUCUGGAUGAGGAACCUGGGAAGACCUCCUCAGACACCCACAACAAGGAUUGCUCCAUCACGGCCACUGGCAAACGGCCAUCUGCCCGAUUCCCCCACCAGCGGAGGAAGAAGAGGAGGGAGAUGGAUGAGGGGCUGGCUGAGGGAGGGCCACAGCGAUCCAACACCUAUGUGAUCAAGCUGUUUGACCGGAGUGUGGACUUGGCUCAGUUCAGUGAGAACACGCCACUGUACCCCAUCUGCCGAGCCUGGAUGCGCAACAGCCCCACAGUGCGUGAGCGUGAACGCUCACCCAGCUCGCCACUGCCUCCCCUGCCUGAGGAUGAGGAGGGUUCUGAAGUCACCAACAGCAAGAGUCGUGACGUGUAUAAGCUGCCUCCACCCACAGCUCCUGGGCCACCUGGAGACGCCUGCAGAUCCCGAAUUCCAUCCCCGCUGCAGCCUGAGACCCAGGGUACCCCUGAUGAUGAGCCCUCCGAGCCUGAGCCCUCACCCUCCACGCUUAUCUACCGUAACAUGCAGCGCUGGAAGCGUAUCCGCCAGAGGUGGAAGGAGGCAUCUCAUCGGAACCAGCUUCGUUACUCAGAGAGCAUGAAGAUCCUACGGGAGAUGUACGAGAGACAGUGAUGUUCCCCUGUCCCCACCCCCAUCCCAAUAAACAUUCCCCUCCUCCA